AUGGGCGUCCCUGGUCCGCAGCUGGAGAAUCGGGUCGGGAGGAGGAACGCUCCUCUCUGCCUCAAUUGUUCCAUCUUCCCUGGAGACAUGUCCCCAAGGGAUGCGAGGAGUCCAGUGCUCUGCAAUGGCAGUAGGGCCUUGGGGCUCUUUGACCCUGAGGAUUUGAACCUGACUGACGAGCAGCUGAGACUCAAGUACCUGGGGCCCCAGCAGACGGAGCUGUUCGUGCCCAUCUGUGUCACAUACCUGCUGAUCUUCGUGGUGGGCGCCGUGGGCAACGGGCUGACCUGCACAGUCAUCUUGUGCCACAAGGCCAUGCGCACGCCCACCAACUACUACCUGUUCAGCCUGGCGGUGUCGGACCUGCUGGUGCUGCUGGUGGGCCUGCCGCUGGAGCUGUAUGAGAUGUGGCGUAACUACCCCUUCCUGCUGGGCGCCGGCGGCUGCUUCUUCCGCACGCUGCUCUUUGAGACAGUCUGCCUGGCCUCCGUGCUCAAUGUCACUGCCCUGAGCGUGGAGCGCUACGUGGCUGUGGUGCACCCGCUGCAGGCCAGGUCCGUGGUGACUCGGACCCACGUGCGUCGCGUGCUAGGGGCCGUCUGGGGCCUGGCCGUGCUCUGCUCUCUGCCCAACUCCAGCCUGCACGGCAUCCAGCAGCUGGACCUGCCCUGCCGGGGCACGGUGCCCGGCUCGGCCGUGUGCACCCUGGUCCGCCCGCGGGCCCUCUACAACCUGGUCGUGCAGACCACCACUCUGCUCUUCUUCUGCCUACCCAUGGCCACCAUCAGCGUGCUCUACCUGCUCAUCGGGCUGCGGCUGCGGCACGAGAAGCUACUGCUGCUCAGGCAGGGGGCCAAGAGCAGGGCCAGGGCCAGCGACAGCCGCAGGCUCUGGCGCCUGCAGGAUAGGAGUCGGAGGCAGGUGACCAAGAUGCUGUUUGCACUGGUCGUGGUGUUUGCCACCUGCUGGGCCCCGUUCCACAUCGACCGCCUCAUGUGGAGCUUCGUGUCCCACUGGACCGAGGGCCUGCACCUGGCCUUCCAGUACGUGCAUGUCAUCUCCGGCGUCUUCUUCUAUCUCAGCUCAGCUGCCAACCCUGUGCUCUACAGCCUCAUGUCCAGCCGCUUCCGGAACAGCUUCUGGAAAGCCCUGUGCUUGGGGACCUGGUGCCACCACUGCAGACCCUGCCGCAGCUCCCACCGCCUCAGCAAGGUGACCACAGGCAGCACUCUCUGUGAUGUGGGCUCCCUGGGCAACAGGGCCCGCCCUCUGGCUGAGAACGGUGAUCCAGAGGGGCGGCAAGAGACCGACCCUGUCUGAGAGGGGCCUCGGAGCAGCUCCCUCUGGAGGAGGGCCACGUGCGGCUGUGGGAGCCAUAGCUGCCCUCCUCGGAGGGGAUGUCUUCAUACCCUUUGUGCCCUGUCCCCACUUCUGCCACCUCAGUGACUCCUGUCCCCGCUGGGUCUGGAAGGGAUGUAAGUUUGCCAUCUGCCGUCCAGGCCCCAGUCCCUCCCUGUUUUAGCAUCACGAUCAGACUCCCCCACCCCCGCCGCCAGUUUCUGAAGUG